AUGAAAGCCGGCCUGAAGGGCAAGGAUAUGUCCAAAGUGAAGCAAGCUGAGAUACCGGAGACAAUGGGAGCUGUUUGUGCGAUUGUAUAUAUAUUGGCAAUCAUUGUCUUCAUUCCAUUCCCUUUCUACAAAGACAUUGUCGCUGCAACAUCGGGAGGCGGGAAUCGUGAUGUUGUCUUGCCGGUUCACCAUGUAGAGACUGGACGUUUGCUGCACCGAUUCCCGCAUAAUAAGCUGGCAUCUUAUUUGUCCGGACUUCUGUCGUUACAAUCUAUCGUCAUAUUGGGUUUCGGAGAUGAUCUCCUUGAUAUUCGAUGGCGCCAUAAAGUGUUAAUACCGGCGUUUGCCGCUAUCCCAAUGCUCAUCGUGUACUUUGUGGACUUUGGUGUCACGCAUGUGGUCGUCCCGGUGCCCUUGCAGAGCUACUUGGGUCCUAUGAUUGACUUGGGGUGGAUGUAUUACGUGUACAUGGCUGCUGUUGCGAUCUUCUGCCCCAACAGCAUCAACAUGCUCGCGGGCAUUAAUGGAAUUGAGGUAUCGCAAUCAAUCGUUAUCGCAAUCCUUCUGAUAGCCAAUGAUUCAUUGUAUCUGGCGCCAAUCACACCAUAUCCUCACCCGGCCACUGAUUCACACUUAUUUUCGAUUUACCUUCUCCUCCCAUUUAUCGCCGUCUCUCUAGCGUUGUGGUGGCACAAUUGGUAUCCAGCAAAGGUAUUUGUUGGGGAUACCUACUGUUACUUCGCGGGAAUGGUGUUUGCUGUUGUGGGAAUCCUAGGUCAUUUCAGCAAGACACUUCUUCUCCUCUUCAUUCCCCAGAUUUUUAAUUUCCUCUAUUCCACGCCACAGCUAUUUCAUUUAAUCCCAUGCCCCAGGCACCGACUACCCCGGUUCAGCAUCCGAACAGGUCUCCUCGAGCCAUCUGUCACUGAAUGGCAACGUCCACCGACGAAGCUUAUCGCUGUGGCACUUGAGAUCUUGCAUCGACUCCAUCUUGUGCGGAUUAAGAAGAACGAACAGGGAGAGAUUGUCGAGUCUACAAAUUUGACCUUACUGAAUCUCUGGCUAAUAUGGUUUGGCCCUUUGCGGGAGGACAAGCUUGCGAUGCACAUCGUUGGGCUUCAAUUCUUCUGUGGAUUCAUUGGCUUGCUAGCUCGGCAUAAACUUGCAUUGUGGGUUUUUAGAGAGGAUAAUCGCGGGUUUGGUUCAAAUUUCAUGUAG